CGCGUCAAGACAAGAGGUGGGCACCUGCCAAUGGGGCCGAUGAAGCAUGUCAUGCCCACGAAUGGCCUCCAUACUUGAGGCUUUCGUUGGCUCAUGCCGGGGAGAAGCGGCAUGCUACAACUGCAAGGAGGACGAGCUGCUCACCUCUGCCCUUGUCGAGAGGCUAGAGCGGGCCAACUUGUCGGUAGGCAAAGAUCGAGGCGAAGUCAAGGUUUCAGCGCCGUCCUCUGCAGGCAGGGGACAGCAUCCAGGGCCAGCUGGCAACUUCCGUUCGCUCCAGGUGCCACCAGAGUUCGACGGAGCUCAGAGGAAGGUGCUGGAGGCAGCGAGCGGAGUUCUCUCUCCCACCUCCGCGCGCGAUCGGGACGACCAGCAGCGCUGUUUGCAGGCCUGCGUGCGCGCGUUUACACGUGCCUUGCUGGCGGGCGUCAACGUUUGUGUGUUACUUGACGACAACCGCACCCGGCUUGCGGAGGCGCGCCUGGACUCCGACAUCACCCACCUGGUGCUCCAUGUGCCUCACGCGCAGCAUCCGGUGGCCCUGAAGU